AUGUCGACUGGCUUCCAGAUUGGAACAACCGAUGAUUAUAACAUUUACAACAAGACCAUCGAUUAUAACUCAGAACAUAUUCCAUACCAGAGAAUUUAUACAAGGGAGAAACCCUACAAGUGCAAAGAAUGUGGUAAGGCCCUUAGUUCUUAUAAAACGCUUUCUAUACACCAGAGACUUCAUACUGGAGAGAAACCCUACCAGUGUAAAGAAUGUCAUAAGGCCUUCAAUACACGCUCAUCACUUUUUAUACACCAGAAAAACCAUACUAAUGAAAAAACAUACAAGUGUGAAGAAUGUGAUAAAUCAUUUUACUAUCUUCCAAUGCUGAAGCAACAUCAAAGAAUUCAUUCUGGAGAGAAACCCUUCAAAUGUGGAGAAUGUGGCAAGGUUUUUAUUUCCCCUUCAUACCUUAAGCAACAUCAAAGGAUCCAUUCAGGAAACAACCCCUACAAGUGUGAAGACUGUGGAAAAAGCUUUUCUUGUUCUCUACGCCUUCAGGUACAUCAAAUAAUUCAUACUGAAGAGAAAUCAUAUAAGUGUGAAGAGUGUCACAAAGCCUUUCGUUAUCACUCAUCCUUUUGGAGACACAUGAAAAAGGCAGCUAACCCUGCAAAGAAAGCCUACAAGUGUGAGGAGUGUGGCAAGUGUUUUUGCUCGUCUUCAUCCCUUAGACGACAUCAAACAAUCCAUUCUGAAGACAAUCCCUAUAAGUGUACGGAGUGUGGCAAAAGGUUUUCCUACUUUUCACACCUUCAAGAGCAUCAGACAGUCCAUACUGGAGAGAAACCAUACAAGUGUGAGGAGUGUGGCAAAUGUUUUUCCUCCUCUUCAUCCCUUAGACGACAUCAGUCAAUGCAUUCGGAGGACAGCCCCUAUAAGUGUGGGGAGUGUGGCAAAUGGUUUUCCUGUUCUAGGAGUCUUCGGGAACACCAAGCAAUUCAUACUGGUGAGAAACUAUACAAGUGUGAAGAAUGUCACAAAGGCUUCCGUAAAUAUUCGACCUUUUGGAAACACAGGAGAGUUCAUACUGCAGAGAGAUCCUAUGAGUGCAAAAAGUGUGGGAAAUGUUUUUUCUCAUCUUCAACCCUUAGACGACAUCAGACAAGUCACUCUGAAGACUAUCCCUACAAGUGUGAGGAGUGCGGCAGAUGUUUUUGCUCAUACUUUUUCUUUAAACGUCAUCAAAUAAUCCAUUCUGAAGACAGCCCCUAUAAGUGUAUAGAAUGUGGCAAACGGUUUUCCUGUUCUAGGAGUCUUCGGGGACAUCAAGCAAUUCAUACUGGCGAAAAACCAUACAAGUGUGAAGAAUGUAAUGAAGCCUUUCGUAAUAGCUCAUCCCUUUGGAGACACAAGAGAGUUCAUACUUCAGAGAAAUCCUAAUAGUGUGAAGUGUGUGCAAAUAUUUUUCUUCAUCUUUGUGCCUUAGACAAUAUAAACACUCCACGCUUAAGACAAUUCCUCCAUGUGUGCAGAGUGUGGAA